CCACCCCCACUCCGCCCCUUCCUUAGCUGUUCCUUACUGUAGCCAUGGCCCACUCAUAAACAAAUAUAAUAAAACAAUUUUCUUUCUCUUUCUCUCUUAAGUCGUUCUCUGCAUUUCCUAUCGGUUUCCUCUUCGCCAUAUAAAAUCUCAACGUCUUUCCCAAAUCAAAACUUUUCUUCUCUGCAUUUCGUACAAGAGUCUCUCUUCUUCUUCUUCUUCAUCUUCAAUCUGGUAGAGGAAAAAAAUUAUAUUUAAAGAAAAUGCCUGCUUGGUGGGGUAAAAAGUCAAGUAAGAAUAAAGAAGAGAGUCCUCAAAAUCAAAGCCCAUGUGGCACUACCGUCGGAUUAAUCAAGUCUUCACCUAAUAAAACCGAUGCUGCUGCUAUGGUGGCGGUGGCCGUGGCCGGCAGCCGCGGUGGUGGUAAAAAGAAAGAAGCAGCAGCAGCAGCAGCCGCCGCCGACAAGGACAACAACAGCAACCGCCCAAAGAGCUUCGAUGACGGAGGAGGGCUUCUUUUAAGCGCCCGUAAUUCGCCACGAGGCAGCAAGGAUUUUGUCGCUGUUGGUCGUGGGUCAUCUGGGUUUUCGGGUUUCGAUUCGGAUUCAGGGGAGAAAAGGGGGAUUCCUUUGCCUAGACCAUCUGUUUCGUCGAUGCAAAGUGAUCAUGGAGUCGGGUUGGGAUCUGGGUCGGCUUCAGUUUCUAGUGUUAGUUCUAGUGGCUCUUAUGAAGAUAAUCAGACUGCAAAUGAUCCGGUUCAAUUCCAGGCCUGCAGGCCAUAUAUUGAUCCCAGAAGCCAAGGUGAAAUUAGAAUGAACAUGGGGUCGAGAAGCCCCGGUCCAGGGUCGAGAGGGGCAACCAGCCCAACAUCACCUCUUCAUCAUCGAUUGUCUGGAGUGAGUCUCGAGUCUCCUACAGGGAGAAAGGAAGAUGGGAAGUCCCAGUGUCAUAAGUUGCCUCUUCCACCAGGUUCUCCUACUAGUCCUUCUUCUGUCUUGCCUAGCACAAGAACUUAUGGAGUGAGUGAAAAUACGCCUUGUACUCUGUCGAAAUGGCGAAAAGGGAGACUCUUAGGGAGGGGAACCUUUGGACAUGUUUACCUUGGAUUUAAUAGUGAAAGUGGGCAGAUGUGUGCAAUAAAAGAAGUUAAGGUCGUUUCUGAUGAUCAGACAUCAAAAGAAUGCCUCAAGCAACUGAACCAGGAGAUAAAUUUGCUGAGUCAGCUUUCACAUCCAAACAUUGUUCGAUACUAUGGAAGUGAACUGGGUGAAGAGACACUCUCGGUUUACUUGGAAUAUGUCUCUGGUGGUUCAAUCCACAAAUUACUUCAAGAAUAUGGUGCCUUUAAGGAACCUGUUAUUCAAAACUAUACAAGACAACUUCUUUCUGGGCUUGCUUACUUACAUGGAAGAAAUACAGUGCACAGGGACAUAAAAGGGGCAAACAUAUUAGCAGAUCCUAAUGGUGAAAUCAAGUUGGCAGACUUUGGCAUGGCAAAACACAUAACAGCUUGUAGUACAAUGCUUUCGUUCAAGGGAAGUCCUUAUUGGAUGGCACCUGAGGUUGUCAUGAAUACAAAUGGCUACAACCUUGCUGUGGAUAUCUGGAGCUUGGGUUGUACUAUACUUGAAAUGGCAACUUCAAAACCACCAUGGAGUCAGUAUGAAGGGGUGGCUGCAAUAUUUAAAAUCGGAAACAGCAAAGAUGUUCCUGAUAUUCCUGAUCACCUUUCUAAUGAAGCAAAAAAUUUCAUAAGGCUUUGCUUGCAACGAGAACCAUCAGCACGUCCUACAGCCUUGCAACUUCUAGAUCACCCUUUCAUUCGGGACCAAGCAACCACAAGAGUUGCUAACAUCAGCAUAACCAAGGAUGCAUUUCCUUACACUUUUGAUGGAAGCCGCACUCCGCCCAUACUAGAGCUGCAGUCAAACAGGAAUAAUAUCCUCUCAUUUGAUGGAGAUUAUGGGACAAGGGGAGUGUCUGCAACAUCAAGAGCUUUGAGGAGUCCAAGAGAUAAUGCAAGAACAAUCACAUCUUUGCCUGUGUCUCCUUCUUCAAGCCCAUUAAGAUAUGCUCCAGCACACAAGAGUUGUUUUUAUUCUCCUCCUCAUCCAGCUUAUCAGUUUGUAGGACAGAGUGGUUACAACUUUGGUGACUUCUCUGGGAGUGCAUUGAGAACAAGUCCAAGAUACACUCAUGAUCCUUGGCUUGAAUCUUCACAACUAAAAGUCCAAACGCCAGGCACCUCGCCAAGAACGAGACCUAUUUGAGAUCUUGUAAAUAGCAACAGGAUAAAUAUCUUUUUCCCCUAUAUCCAAAAUGCCAAUGAAAUGAAGGGCAAUCUCAAUUUUCCUAGCCGACUAGAACAAAGUGAUUUGUAUUUUUUAAUUGAAGGCUACUUGAAGUGGGAAUAUUCGGGACAAGGGGACUUUUGUUGGUCGGGAAAGAUGGAGAUGCUAGGGCACUUGAUCUUUGUAACAAUCUCUUGUUGAUUGUUGUAUAUUGGAAAGGUGGUCACUGCGUUUGUAACAUUGACGCUGUUGUAUAGUAUUCAUCACGUGCGUAAUACCAUCACUUGUCAUCAACUGAACAGAUUGAACAGGUCCUGUAAUACCAUCGCAUUUUUACCUACA